AUGGAGAUAUAUUACUUUCCAAAGCAUAUAUUUAUAUAUGCUUUGGAAAGUGGUGAUAUUUCCGAUGAUGGCCUGGAAGACGAGGAUGAUGAUGAGGAACGUUUUUAUAACAAUGUUCGAGAAAUUAUCCACGAUUUAGAAGAAGAGAACGUCGAUACUCCUGAUGAUGAUAACGAUCCUCCACUUGUUCAGGAUGAAAAGGCAGAUCCUGUGCACGAGCCUGAACCUAGGCAAGGAAAUCAAAAUUUAUUGAAUUCUUGUUUCGACAAAAGAAAACUUAUUUGGAAAACAGACAGUUUAGUUUUUGACGAAUCUAAUCUUACACAUAAAGCUAGUGUUACAGACCCUGAGAUAGCUGACCUCGAUACACCAUACAGAUGCUUCCUACAUUAUUUCACGCCAGAAUUCAUUAAAAAAAUAGUAAAUGAAACAAAUUUGUAUGCCACGCAACAAAAUCCUACAAAAUCAUUUUCAAUAAGUGACGCCGAACUAAAAAAAUAUCUAGGUGCUGAACCUGCUACAACAGUCGGUCGGUACGAUAAGAAGAGUAAACAAAAUAUAGAUAUACCCCGUCCAAAGAUAGUCGAAGAAUAUAACAUGCACAUGGGGGGAGUGGACUUGAUGGACAGCUACCUGGGACGCUAUCGCAUACGCAUAAAGAGCCGAAAAUGGUACAUGCGCCUCUUUUACCAUCUUUUAGACCUCGCCGUUAUAAAUUCGUGGGUUCUUUUGAAAAAAAAUUGCACAGCAAAGGGUAUUCCUGAGAAACAGCUUCCAAAUCUUGGAGAGUUUCGUAACAUCUUGGCCGAUGCACUUUGUAACGUGGGAACUUCAAAUGGUGCUAAAAAAGGGCGUCCCUCUAAUGUGGACUUGGAGCGCGAACAUGCCAAGAAGCCAAAGGGUCCGGGUCAUCCAGACCCCUGCAAGGAUAUACGAACCGAUGGAGUCGAACACUGGCCUACCUUUUCAAAUAGAUUACGGUGCAAAAUUCCACAGUGCAAAGGUACUACGCAGUGGGCAUGUUCAAAGUGUAACGUACCUCUGUGUCUGAACGCACGCAAUAACUGUUUUAGAGAUUUUCAUUAA